AUGACGGCAGCGUUGUUCCAGUAUUGGCUUACUGUUGUUGUUGUUGCUAUUGCUGUGGCGUGUCUCUGUGAUAAUACUGCAGUGGUGGAUGGUCAUGUGUUGAUUGGCAACUCGUAUUUUCCCAGCGUGGCGUACAAUUUUGGAUUCCUGGGAGAUCCUUCCUUUGCUCGAUCGGGAUUGCAAGCCGACAUUUACUUGACGGGACGUCCCUUUUUCUACGACCAUGAUGCCGCCACGAACAACGCGACGUCCAAAGUGCCCAUGUUGGGAUCGGAACAGUGGGAUGACGAUGCUGCACCUAGUACUACAGAAGAAGAAGAAGAAUUAGAAGCCGAGUACUUGGAAGAGACGGAAGAAGAGACGGAAGAAAUUCUGGAGGAAUUGUUGGAUGAUGUGUACUUUGACGACACUACCAAAACAGAACUCGUUCAAGAAAUCUUUGACGAAACAGAAAUGUUGGAGGAUGAUGUCUAUGGCUAUUAUGGUGAAGGAGGAGAGAAUGUCGAAUUGUGGCAAGACAUGUUUGGAGAUGACAUUUACAACGACAAUGAAGAAGAGGAAGAAGAAGAGUACGUCUUGGAAUCAUACGGUGGCUAUGACAGUAGCAGUGGCUACUACUACGGCUAUGACUACCAGUACGACAAUUACAACGACCCAGUGGAUCCAUUCCAUCGUGCGCUAGAUGAGGAUGAGACUGACGACGACUAUGGGGCGUCCGACGACGACUAUGCUUGGUUGUUUGACCAGCAGCAACCGCACCAACGAUGGCCUCAUAUUCUGGUGGCCGCACUGUCGUUCCAUGAUAAUGACAGUGACACGUUGCAAAACAUUACACAAGCCGCUGCCAGCAUUCAAGCACAAAUCAUUGUCCUGGUACUACAACAGGAACCAAACAACAACUACAACCUUGUCAAGACGCUCCAAAUGAGAUUUCUCUUUUGGUGGAAUCAAAAAGUACCACUGUUGGAAAAGUACCUGCAUGAUGAUCCAAACAAUAAUCAGUUCUUUUUUGUCGUCAUUCCACCACGGGUACAACAAGACUUUAUGGGGACACUGCAGCGCGGAAUCUACGACUUUUCCUUGGACGAUGUCUCUUCCGUUCAGGGACAGUAUCUGAUAUCGUGCAUUCUAUUCUACGGUAUCAUGAUUGCCAUCGUUUUCAAAUGGGUCAGUCGGGGAGACGUACAACAAUCCACUGCGGACAAUGACAAUAAUAAAGAGCAGCACGACUUUCAACUCUUACAAUUCACCAGUGACGACCUCGGCAAGGGAGAAAUCCAAAACUCGUCGGAAGAUCCCGAUCAAUGUGCCAUUUGUCUCGAGGUCAUGCCCACUGGAACCAAUGUCUGUGUCUUGCCGUGUCGACAUGCCUUUCAUCCCGUCUGUGUCGACCGAUGGCUCCAACAACAACGACAACCGCCAGAAGCAGAAGAAGAAGGAACGUGGGAUGGAACCGCCGAAAAUGGUCGCUAUGCGUGUCCGCUCUGCAAGUUUGAUUUGCGACCCCAUUUCCUCGAAUACCGUGCCGCCCAGCAGGAACUGCCGUCCCGCAGCAGUAUUCGGGCGCUCUUGGUCACGGCACUGCGACAUCAUCGACAACAGUCGCAUCAACGACAACAAGUGCUGCUUGAAAAUAGUCGUGGCGAAGGGGGUGAUUUGGAACUCACCGUGGAAGAUACACCACGAACCAGCAGCAGCAACAGUACUGCGACACAAGUAAACCUGGUAGUGUAA